AUGAAGCAAAAAAAUUUUUAUCUUACUACUCCCAUUUUUUAUCCUAAUGCUAAACUCCAUUUAGGGCAUGCUUAUGCCAUGACUAUGGCUGACCUUAUUGCGCGCUAUAAAAAAAGUAAAGGAUACCAAGUAUACUUCCAAACUGGCAGCGAUGACCAUGGUGAAAAAAUUGAAAAAAAAGCCCAAGAAUUAGGGAUAGCGCCCCAAGCAUUAGUAGACCAAAAUGUAGCCUUAUUUAAAGAGUUAUGGCAAAAAUUAGGAAUUGAAUACGAUUUUUUUUAUCGCACUAGUUCGCUAACCCAUAAAGAAAAAGUUCAAAAAAUCUUCCUAGAAUUAGCAAAUAAAGGCGAUAUUUAUUUGAGUGAAUAUCACGGGAAGUAUUGCGUGGCUUGUGAGGAUUAUGUAAGUAGUAGUAAAGUUUCCGAGAAUAACCUUUGCCCUGCUCCUAGUUGCCAGUCGGAAUUAAGCAAGAUUAGCGAACCGGCCUAUUUUUUGAAAGCUUUGCUGAAUUACCUUAACUCCGAACCCGGAGAAAAAUUUUUCCUUCCCGAAGUUUCUGAAAAAAAAGAAAUCAAUCAUGCCAAAGAAGUCGCUUGUGUGGCUAUUCAAGACAAAAACAAUAAUUAUCUUUUGGUUUACAAUAAAAAAUUUGGUGGAUGGCAGUUUCCAGGUGGUAAAUUAGAAAAAGGGGAAAAUGCCAUGGAAGCAGCCAAAAGAGAAAUAUUUGAAGAAACUAAUUUAGUAGUUAAGGACUUAGAGAAAAUUGGGGAAAAGAAUUUUUAUGUUAAUGACCAGUGGUGA